UACAUUCUCCGCUUGUACUUUAACACCAGCACUUCCUCUCAAGUAAUGGCGUCCGUGUGAGACAGUCUUGUAGCAAACAUUGGACAAUAUUCUCAGAAAACUAACUAAUAGAGACACUCAUAUAGCGAUUUGAACAAGAUGCCGGUGUCACAGACGCAGCCCAGCUGCUUUGACAGAGUCAAGAUGGGCUUCAUGAUGGGUUUUGCUGUGGGCAUGGCUGCAGGUGCCAUGUUUGGAACGUUUUCCUGUCUCAGGAUCGGCAUGAGGGGUCGAGAGCUGAUGGGUGGCGUUGGGAAGACCAUGAUGCAAAGUGGUGGCACGUUUGGAACCUUCAUGGCUAUUGGGAUGGGUAUCCGCUGCUGAGAUCACACUAAUGCCACUUCUGAAAUUAUAGGACUUUGAACCAUUCUAGAUUCAUCCAUUUGUUAUCAUACCAACAUUCAAGGACACAGGUACCAAUAAAAAACGAUUAAAAAAAUUCUGUAAAUCUUGGGCUCAAUCUAAGAUGUAAUCAUGAUGACACUUUGAGGACAACAAUAGGUUAAAGUCAGCUACGUGGGAUUGACCCUUAACAGUGACCUUUCUGCUGUCUAUGGAGGGCUGACAAUGAAAUGAACAU